AUAACAAUAUGGGGAUGAGGUAGUUKGGUGUGCUGUUUACAGAUGGGCUGUGUACAGGUACAGGGCUGUGUACAGGAUGCAGUUGGUUAAGAGCAGCUGCAGAAACUUGUAGUCAACUGAUCACAUGGUUUUUGUGAAGUUCAUGCAGUCGACAUGUAGGCACAGGUGGUAGAAGUUUUAUCCUCAUAAUGCAACACAUUUUGACCUUGAAAGGCGACUUGACAAAACCGAUACACUAUAAAUGCACCCAAUGUAAUGCGGUAGGUGUUUCAUCAGCUUCCCAAAUGGCUGCUUCAUCAAACAACAACAGAACCUCAAUAUCCUCAAUAACUUUAGUUUGUGCCUUGACCUGACUCUGACCUCUGUUAUUAYACACUCAGCACCUUCUUUUUUCCGUUCUCAGAGAGCGGUUUGGCCGUUGCCAUGGAGAACCAAAAGAUGAGCGUUGACGAAGGGGACRAGCUACAACUCGCCUGUAGAGUGAGCGGGGGUCAGCUCUCCGUCACCUGGAAAUACAGAYCAGCCUCCACGACAACGGGCUCCUUCAGUUAUGUUACUAGCCUAAGCCGGAGUCUCUGAUGAGGGUGGACCUGAAGAGUCGCGGUAUUGAGGUGACAGAGGGGUGUGAGGUGGAGCUGGUGUGUCGGGUUCGAGGGCCCUCCCUCCCGGUCACUGUGACGUGGAGCCUGCAGCGUGAGAGGGGGUUGGCCCCGAACAACAUCCUGACACUGACAUCAUGUGGCGCGGCGACCAGAGUAACUACCAGUUGAGGGUGACCACUGGCAAGGGGGAGGUGCAUCACAUCCACCACGAUGCAGUGAUAACACUAGGGGCGGAAUUAGGCACAGAACAGCGAAUCAGUAUGAGAAGACGUGAGAGGUGGAGCUUCGAACUGACCAUUCAACAAGCCCGUAGCUGGGACAGGGGGAGGUAAUACUGUGUGGGGGAGGAGUGGCUACAGGAUCCUCACGGCGUAUGGUACAAGCUCCUGUCCAACUCUGCAGCUAUGGAACUCUGCCUACAAGAGACGGGUGAAUUAUCCUGAUGACAAGGCAACAAAACACUGCAUCGUGAGUGACCUCAGUGUUAACAAGACAGAUCUGGACAUGGAGGUCAGAGAGGGGAAGCGGGUGGAGCUGACCUGCACUUUGACCUCAGGUGACCCUGCCUCUCUCUACGCACUCACCUGGUUCUACAUGAGGCGUGGCUCCUCCUCCUCUCACAGGGUUCCCCUGGUGAUUCUAGGCCAUAAUGGCACCCYGAAAUACCCAGAUGACAACCAAGGGCUCCAGGACCAGAAGGGGAGGCUGAUCUUCUCCAGGAACACUCAUGGUACCUUUCUGCUGGGUCUACAGGGAGCUCGUCAGGAUGRCAGUGGAGUUUACCAGUGCCAUGUGGACCAGUACAAGUACAGUCAUGAUGGCAACUGGGAAUGUAGCGCCUCCGACCAAUCAGGCAGAACCAACCUCACUGUACGACGACCAAUAGAACUUGAGUCUGAGUUGCUGUCUGAACCAGGAUUCCCCACUGGAUUAGUUAUACUCAUCUUCAUCCCUCUUGUCUGUAUCCUGGMAAUUGUCAUCAYGAUGCUGUCAAUCAAGCUGAAGAAACAAGCCAAAUCUCUGUGGGCGGAGGAAAACCCACUGAAGCCAUGCCCGGAAGAAUGAGAACAGAAGAGAGGUGAGGAGGGAGAUAGAGAGAGGAUGAGAAGARCUAAGGAAAUAGGAGGAGUACAUAAAAGAGGAGAAGAAAUGAGGGGAGAAAAGGAGAGGAUGUGAGAUGGGGAGAGAUGAUAAGAUGGUGAAGGGGGGAUAAGUGAGAAAAUAGGAAAGGAGAUAAGGGAGAGCUGAGCAGCAUUAGAGCUUUUUUUCAUUUUUAUGUGAUUGAUUUUUAAUUCCAAGCACCUUUUUACUUGUUAACACAAAAGGAUUUACAUUUACUUCCUUUACGCAUAAUUAGAACUUUAAGUGUACAUUGGCACUCCUUUGAGAGAACUUAAUGAGUUUUGAUAGAUUCAAGAAGAACAAGGCAGAAACAACAUUUGAUUUUGAUGUGAACCAUCCAGAGCUGGUUUUAGGGGGUAAUGGACAUUUUUACGYGGAGUGGAACAGGGGAACCCAAGAGCAGACUCAGACGAGGGGACUGGGAUGAAGUAACCAAGGUAUUUAUUUAAACAUGGGGAAGAUGGAGUGCAGGCCAGGGGAAGCUCAGGUGGGUUGCAGGAAACCAGGUGCAGAGGCUGGAGCGAGAAGGGUUGGGACAGGGUAAGCAGGUCCGGAGGGCAUCCACAGGAGUAGUAGAGUGGGGAAUCCAGGAC